AUGCUGAAUAGGCUAUGUGCACCUGUAUACUGCAGGUACCAGUUUGAUAAGACUCCAGUUCACAAGACCAAGGGGGAGCCCCAUGGGACACAUGUAUACUUCCAGGACAUCAAUGUCAUCUUCCUUGGAGCCAUGCACCUCAGUGACCUGAGGGAAUACCUAGAGGGACCCCCCAUGGUGGUGGAAGUCCAUGACCGGGACCGCAAAUCAGAAGAGUAUUUCCGUAAGCCCACCCCAUUUGGGGAGGACCCCCUGGAUCCAUACUUUAACCUCCAGGCCCUCAUCUCUCUCAAAGAAACAGAGGAGAACCCCUUUGAGUCCCAGAACAAGACUUGGGACCCCUAUGGGGUUGCCCGGGUCAGUUUUGCUGACCUCCUCCUUGGCCACAAGUACUUGAAUCUGGCUGUCCCCAUCCACAGCUGUGAGCCCAACUCUGCACGCCACAGCCAGGACACCAGGAACAAGAAGGCUGUGGGAUUUCAGGACCCUACAGAUGUCCUACAGCUCAGCCCAAUGCCCAUGGGCAACUAUCUGGAGGCUAACUCUCAGCUCAAGCUGAGAGUGGACAUUGCGGUGCCCCUCGGUGCUGGGGCCAAAUCCCCUGAUAUAGACCUCGUGGGUACCCAGUUUGGCCGCAUAAUUUUUGUGUUUGAUUCCAAGAAGCUGUUCCUCCUACGUAGCCUGCUGCAGGACAUCACUAGAAUCAAUGCAAAGGCCUUGGAACUGGAUUCCUACCCCACCAAGAACAUCCAACAGAUCCUGUCAGCCUUCAAGAUGAGGGUGAAGAUUCAGGACCAGGAGGACCUGGACGUGCUCACUGGCUUCCACCUGGUGGAUGGGAAGAUCCACCUCUUCAUUCUGGAAGGCUUGGCAGACCAAGGCUCGAGGCAGCUGUGGGAAAGUCACCAGAGCAGGAUACUCCCCUCCGAGCACGGAGCAUGCAAGGUGCUGUACGACUCGCGGCUGCUGUUCCGCCACCGGCUCUACACCGACCUGGAGACCAUCCUGUACCGCGUGCACCUGUUCAGGCCCCUGUUGCUGCUCACGCGGCACGCGGGGCUCUAUGUGCAUGGCGUCGUGCCGCGCAGGGCCUUCCACGCGCUGGCGAGAGUCUAUGACAUCUGCUACAACAGCACCAGGCUCAAGGAGGUGAUUGUAAGAGGACUGCUGCCUUCCUCUGCUAUGAUCAAAGACCUGAGUCAAGAGUUUGGGAUGCCCAUUUCACAAGAGGAUCUCACAGAUGCAAAACUGCUAGUCAUAUCACCUCCGCCCUCUCUCUAUGUUGAAGACUUCCAAAGCCGGGCUUCCAUCCUCACUUUGGAGAUCCGUACUCACCAGGAGAAGUACCUGCAGUGGCGUAAUGCCAUGCUGCUGAAAAACAAAGUCCAGAAAGCCAGGCUGAUCCAGAAAAAUAUCACAGAAGCCUAUCAGGUCAUCAAGAAGCCUCGUAAGUCCAUGGUGAAUGUGAUUAGAAUUUUACCCCCUCUCAACAAGGCUGUCUACAACUAUAGUAUUCAGGCCCUGAAUUCCACAGAGCUUGCCAAGAAGGAGAUGUAUCAAGAGAUGGCCAAGGAGCCAGGAAAGAGAUUCACAUACUCACAGAAUUAUCUCUCAGCCAUGGUGGAGCCCCAGGAUUCAAAGGAAGAGGAGAAGAAAGCCCAGAAGAAGUCCCGUCAGGCCUGGAUCACAGCCAAUGGGUUCCAAGAGUGGAAGGAAAAUGCACUGUUUGCCAAUGUGCUGAAACCUGUGUUGGAUCGAGAGAGGUGGAGCUGGGACUGGCGUCACCUGGAUUUUGAUUUGUACAAGAAGCCACCACCUUUCUUUGAGCUGGUCCCUCCUGCAGCUCCAAAGGCUGUGACAGGUAAGACAACAGCUUUCUGA